AGUGGCUGGCGCUUGGCAGGGCUGGGCUGCCGCCACCAGCAAGAUGCCCACCGCCUCUGUCCUUUACAAAGGAGCCAUCAUCAUCAGCAGGACACUCAUGGGACCAUAUGGGAUGGAUCGAACCGUGCACUGCUUCGAUUUCUACGACUGUGCAAAUGGGCUCGGUAUUAAGGUAAUCGGUGGCAUUAAAGAACUCACUGGGGAAGAAUAUGGAGUUUAUGUCAAGAGGAUUCUUCCAGGGGGUGUUGCUUACGCGGACGGGCGCCUGCAGCCAGGAGACCAGAUCCUGGAGGUCAAUGGAGAGUCCUUAAUUGGGGUUACGAGCGAGAGGGCCGUGGACAUCCUGAGGACAGCGUCAGCCAGCAGCCACAUGCGCCUUCUUAUAGCUCGUGAUGAUGACGCCAGGAGAGAGUUCUCCGAGCUACUGGAAAAGUUCGGCUCCCAGAGCAAUACGGGCUCAGCGCGAAGCUCACCAAUCCUGCACGGCGGCAGUCGAUACCUGGAAAGUACAUCUUCAGGCUCCUCUUCGCGCUCUCAGAGCCCGCUGCUGCUGAGCCCUGCCAACUCCCACAGCCCCUUAAUUGGGAACGCGGCACACCCCUCUCACACACACUACUCCAUUGAAUCAGGAAUCCAGAGCAUUUCUAUAGCAAAAUCCUCCGGCUUAGGGCUGACAAUCAGUGGUGGAUCUAACAGGCCUGAUGGCCCCAUGAUAUAUAUUCAAGAGCUUAUGCCAGAUGGUGACUGUUACAAGGAUGGUAGGCUACGACCUGGUGACCAACUAAUUGCUAUCAAUAAAGAUUCUUUGGUGGGCAGCACACAUGAAGAGGCCAGAAAAAUAAUUGCAAAAGCCAAAUUGAGAAUAGGCGUGAAAAUAAUUUUCCUGUGCCUUCUUUGUCACCGGACAUUUGCCCACCAGAGCUUACUGUCUCAGGUUCUGCAGUAUCUUGGUCUGGAUGUGACCGAGGAGAAGAAGAGGCAGUUACGGCAAAGCUUGACCACAGACUCACAGGGGACGGUGGCAUAUGGAGAUCUUCUCCAAGCACUCAGGGAUCUGAUGCAGGAGGAGCUGGAUGAGGCUGGCCUGGAUUCCAGCUCCAUGCUCUUCACGCAGCACGAAGUGGCCAGUUUGCUGGAUACAUCGGCUUUUCACUCUCAGACCUUCGACUCUCUCAGCUGUAAUGGCAAUGAGGAGCUGGAGCAGCUGCAACUGGAGAUGAUGGAUCUACGGCAAGAAGUCCGAAGACUAAAGAAAGCCCUGGGCUUCCUCUCCGAGAACCGGACACUGCACAGCAAGCUGCAGAUGGCAGAGGUCGUGCAGAGACAGGCUCACAGCGCGGAGCAGGACUACGAGGAAGUGAUCCACUUGCUGGAAGCUGAAAUUGCAGAACUGAAGAUGCAGUUGGCGGGGAAAAAAGCAAAACACGUCUCUGAAAUAGAGGAGGACAUCCUGGAACUGAAAAGGCAGCUGUCCCUGGCUGACGGCCAGUUACGGAAAUCAGAAGUCUCACGGAAGCGCCUGGAGAUCUGCAAUAGGAAACUGCUCCUGUUUGUGCAG